AAGCUUAGUCCAGGUUGUACCCUCUUCCAUCUCCAGACUGGCCAACUUGGACAGCGAAAUGAGGCCACCGCAGCCGCCUGUUGCCAGCAAGGUGUUUGUCCAGCGGGACUACAGCACUGGCACCAAAUGCCAGUUUCAGACCAAGUUCCCUCCUGAGCUGGAGAAUCGGCUCGACAGGCAGCAGUUUGAAGAAACAGUACGGACACUAAAUAAUCUGUAUGCGGAAGCAGAAAAGCUUGGGAGCCAGUCGUACCUUGAAGGUUGUUUGGCCUGCUUGACGGCCUACACAAUAUUCCUGUGCAUGGAGACACACUAUGAGAAGGUCCUGAAGAAAAUUGCCAAGUAUGUUCAGGAACAGAACGAAAAGAUCUAUGCCCCGCAGGGCCUUCUCCUGACCGACCCCAUCGAAAGAGGGCUAAGAGUUAUUGAAAUUACGAUUUAUGAAGACAGAAGUGUGAGCAGCGGGAGAUAAAUCCCCGCCGCUUGAGGGUCCAGCUUCUUUGUUCCAGACACCCCCUCCUACUUCCUUCAUUAUCACAUCAUUCCUUUCUGCCGCUGCCAACUCCACAGUGCCAUCUGCCACAAGGACUAGCUUUUCAAAGCCCUUUUCUUUGGCUGGGGGAGCCCUGGGAGUUGGUCAGCAUCCGUUUUGUGUCAUUAGGACAGGCGUCGUCAUGCGUUGGGGUCGUCUAGGUGGCCGACUCCCACGACAGCGUUGAAAGCCAUGGACGUUGGGCACAAGACCAAUCAGGAGUCUCCGAAAGCAGUGGUGCUCCCUCCCCGGGCAAUGGGUAUCAAUGUUUGUUCAGACAGAAAGCAGCAUUAUAGCCUUGGUGGGUGAAUUAUUGAAUCAGGAUGUCUGUUUUUUCCCCCUCUGCCGAUCAAGAGCAGCCUCAAAAGCUAUGCCAUCGUGCAUCUGAAUGCAUCCUGCUGACAGGUUCAGUAAAGAGCUUCUGUUUUGAGAAAUGGAUCCCGUUGCUUUUGCUGCACCUUUAAAAAUAUGCUAAAAGCGGUCUCAGACUGAGGCCUUUCUCCCACUGAGGGCUCUCUCGGACUGAGGCCUUUCUCCCACUGAGGGCUCUCUCAGACUGAGGCCUAUUCCACUCUGAGGCAAACUAACAUUGAGGACAUACAGCCCGAAAAUCGUACGUGAAAAGCUGCUCUUUCUGUUCCAGGCAAGGCAAAAUGUCAGCUGUGUCACGACCACCCUUGCUCUACACCCGUUUAAGUGUUAGAUAUGUGAAGUAGGUAAGUGACAAGUGGUUUUCCCCUCCAGAUGUUUAGUAGUAGAGCAGAGUAGACAACGGUGUGUCCGACGGUGCUUCGUCCCUGUCCCUCACCAAGUGCAUCUCUUCCGCCUGUGCAACUUUCCACUUCCCUUCAGCAUUCCUCUGGCAGCCCUUGCAAAAACAAACACGGAACAUCUCUUCCUCUGAGUCGAUACUUCCUGCCGAAUCCAGGGCUUCCUUGUUGAACUCGCCCUCCUUGAAUCAAAACGGGCCUUUUGUAGGAACUGAAGUAGAAGCUCGCAACGAUCCCUGCUGUCCGGGACUCCACAUUUCCUUCCGCGCCCAGGAAUUUGCCAAACGAGGCCAUUUACCAAAUUGAUCAAAGCCUGUGACUUUUUUAAAGACUAGAGCAAUACAAGAGAUGCCAAUCGAGGAUCAGGGCCUUCCGGUGGAUUCUUCUCUUUCCUUCCUUCCUUCCUUCUCUCCACCGAUUUCUUUAUCCUCUCCUCUCAAAAGUCCGGUUGAUAUUUUAAGUGUAUGAAUAAAAUACCUGUGGGUUCCUUUUUUUCCUAAACUUAUAACAGUGUUUUUGCCUCUUGUACCUGUUGAAAUCAGUUUCCAGAAAUAUGAAUGGAUUAGUAAUGUUUUUUUUUCUUAAAAUAAAUUGUCUCAUUUGCUAGCA